AUGAGGACGCUGGUCCUGCUCUGCUGCUUUGUGGCCUCGCUCCUGCUCCCAGGACAAACAGAACGGCAAGUUUCCGCUUCGGGUGGCACGGAAGAUGUUGGCAAUUUGUUGGAGAAUCAUUUCUCUGCUGGAGAAGCAAGUCUAGAGGAGAAGGAAAGGGCGCUUUAUGCGGAGGCGGCCCCUCAAGAGAAGACCCUGCUCCUUCACUCCCCGGAUGGCAGGGAGGCUGAGAGCUCGGAGCAGACAGCCGCUGGGUCACCUGCCAGCGCCAGCCCGGGCCCUGGUCCCGAAUCCAGCCUCUCCAAUGCCUCAGCCUCAGAGUCAGCUGCCCCCAGGGACCCUGCGGGAUCCGGGGAGGAAGAAGCGGGCCCACCCAGAGCCAGCAUCCUUCCAGCAGAAGGAGAGGGCAGGCCUGGGGAAGAGCUGGGACUGGGAGAGGGCCCAGGACAGGAGGGGGCUGCCGGGGCGGCUGAAGGGCAGGCUGGGAGUGGCGCAGUCCCCGAGGAAGCUGAGGAGGUUCUAGGGGACCACCCCGCACAGGGGGCAGCAGGAGGGACUGCGCAACCAGAAGGCUUGGGAGCCUCUCCUGCCUUGGAGGUCAUGGAGGUCCACGCCCCUAAGACACAACAGGACAGCCCAGGGCGUGAUCAGGAGCCAGAAGUGCCAGAUGGAGGCUUGGACAUGGACACAGAAACCAAGGAGGGAGCCGAGGACCAGGGGGAGCCCAGCCCAGUCUCAGAGACCAGCCAUGCACGGAGCUCUGAGGCGGGGGACACCCAGGAGGACCACCCCCCUGAGGCCCAGGCCCCAGGGCUGACCGAGGAGGUCCUGGACGAGGCCUCCUCUGAAGAAGAGAGUGGUGACCACAGUGGAGGCGAGGAAGGAGGAGGAGCGCCAUCUGAAGAAUCUGAGGAGGACAGUGGCGAUGGGGAGAGUUCAGAAGAAACUGGGGGUGCCUCAGAGGAAGCCAGGGAACCCCAGGAAGCAGCAGGAACCAUGAGCCCUGGAGAUGAGGGGCCCCAGCUGAGCUCUGAGGAAUUGAAUACAGGACCGGAGGGGGAAGAGGCAGAGGAGCCUAAGGAGGGGCCUCAGGAAGAGGCAGAGGAUGUGAGUGAAGAAGCCCAGAUGAGGGACCGUUCCCACAUCGAGAAGACUCUGAUGCUGAGUGAGAACAAGCCAGUGGAUGAUUACUCUGUGGUGCUGCAGCGGCUUCGAAAGAUCUACCACUCCUCCAUCAAGCCCCUGGAGCAGUCAUACAAAUACAACGAACUUCGGCAGCACGAGAUCACAGAUGGGGAGAUUACUUCCAAGCCCAUGGUGCUAUUCCUGGGACCGUGGAGUGUUGGCAAGUCCACCAUGAUAAACUACCUCCUCGGCUUGGAAAACACUCGCUAUCAGCUCUAUACAGGUGCUGAGCCCACCACCUCUGAGUUCACCGUCCUCAUGCACGGACCCAAGCUGAAAACCAUCGAGGGUAUCGUCAUGGCUGCAGACAGUGCCCGGUCCUUCUCACCCCUCGAGAAAUUUGGCCAGAAUUUCCUAGAGAAGCUGAUUGGCAUUGAGGUUCCCCACAAACUUCUGGAGCGAGUCACUUUCGUGGAUACACCAGGCAUCAUCGAAAACCGCAAGCAGCAAGAAAGAGGUUACCCCUUCAAUGAUGUGUGCCAGUGGUUCAUCGACAGAGCGGACCUCAUCUUUGUCGUCUUUGACCCAACCAAGUUGGACGUGGGUCUGGAGCUGGAGAUGCUCUUCCGCCAGCUGAAGGGACGUGAGUCCCAGAUAAGGAUCAUCCUGAACAAGGCCGACAACCUGGCCACACAGAUGCUUAUGCGGGUUUAUGGGGCCCUCUUUUGGAGCUUGGCCCCACUCAUCAAUGUCACAGAGCCCCCGAGGGUGUACGUCAGCUCCUUCUGGCCACAAGACUACAAGCCCGAUACCCACCGGGACCUGUUUCUCAAGGAAGAGAUCUCUCUUCUGGAAGACCUGAACCAGGUUAUCGAGAACAGGUUGGAGAACAAGAUCGCCUUCAUUCGCCAGCAUGCCAUCCGGGUCCGCAUCCACGCCCUCCUGGUUGACCGCUAUCUGCAGACUUACAAGGACAAAAUGACCUUCUUCAGCGAUGGAGAGCUGGUCUUUAAGGACAUUGUGGAAGACCCCGACAAGUUCUACAUCUUCAAGACCAUCCUGGCAAAGACCAACGUCAGCAAGUUUGACCUUCCCAACCGCGAGGCCUACAAGGACUUCUUUGGCAUCAACCCCAUCUCCAGUUUCAAGCUGUUGUCCCAGCAGUGUUCCUAUAUGGGGGGCUGCUUCCUGGAGAAGAUUGAGCGGGCCAUCACACAGGAGCUCCCCGGCCUCCUGGGAAGCCUCGGGCUAGGAAAGAAUCCAGGUGCUCUCAACUGUGACAAAACAGGGUGUGGCGAGACCCCAAAGAAUCGCUAUAAGAAACACUAGGUCACCGUGUCUCCUCUUCUGGGGUUCCUGUUGGUGGAUGAGCUUGUGUCCUGUCUGAGAAGUCCUGGUUUAUUAACCCUUUGAGCCACACUGGCAAGAAUCCUUACAUGCCGGAGAUUUGGGAGUUAAUUGAGGCCAGUGGUGGGGGAGCGUGUGGGUCAAGGGAGGCAAGAGGAAACUGUGAAUUAUA